AUGUCGCUAUCGCAGUCUAUCAAGAACCUCAUCCGUCACGGGAAGCAAGGACGAACCGCACAACCACAGGACGAUCAUCCUACGACGCAUGUUUCUCCAGUAAACGUCCAUCAUCAUCAAGGACGCGCUCAUGAAAACAACAAAAUUCACAACGCACAUACCGACCCAAAUAUGGCAGCACAAGCCCACCAGGUCCCGCACGGCAAUGCAUAUUCAGCAGCGGAUGGUGAUCUAAAAAACAGAGGUGCACAAGCAGGAAACGUGGCGGCGAAUGUAGCGGGACAGAAACAGAAGGCCGGCAAGGUUGACCACGAAGAUCUGAGAAGGAUUGUGGAAGAAGAAAAUGCGACGAAAGGGAAGCUUCCGAGGUACCCAGGACUCGAGAGAUGGCAACUGAUCGAGAAGAUGGGCGACGGCGCCUUCAGCAACGUAUAUAGAGCCAGAGACUUGGAUGGCCAGGCCGGAGAAGUUGCUAUCAAGGUGGUCCGCAAAUUCGAAAUGAACUCGAAUCAGGGCGACGCGGCUCUUCAUCCGGAUUUCAAGAAGCAGCCAAAAGUAGUGGAGAGAGCGAAUAUUUUAAAGGAAGUUCAAAUCAUGCGAGCGUUAGACCACCCAAACAUUGUCAAGCUGGUCGACUUCUCAGAGUCAAGGCAGUAUUAUUACAUCAUUUUGGAGUUAGCACCCGGCGGAGAACUAUUUCAUCAGAUUGUUCGCCUCACAUAUUUCAGCGAAGACCUCUCACGUCAUGUCAUUACACAGGUUGCAGAAGCAUUAGAAUACUUGCAUGAGGAUCAAGGAGUUGUUCAUAGAGAUAUCAAGCCGGAAAAUUUAUUAUUUUCUCCAAUUCCUUUCAUACCGUCGAAAAAUCCGAAACCAAAGGCAACUGACGAUGAAGACAAGGUCGACGAGGGUGAAUUUAUCAAGGGUGUCGGCGCCGGUGGUAUUGGAAAGAUCAAGAUCGCCGAUUUUGGUCUAAGUAAGGUCGUCUGGGAUAAAUCGACCAUGACCCCUUGUGGUACCGUUGGUUACACAGCACCAGAGAUUGUGAAGGAUGAGCGAUACUCUAAGAGUGUGGACAUGUGGGCUAUGGGUUGUGUCUUGUACACAUUGCUCUGUGGUUUCCCGCCAUUUUAUGACGAAAGUAUUCAGGUUUUGACCGAGAAAGUUGCCCGAGGUCAAUACACAUUCUUAUCGCCUUGGUGGGACGACAUCUCCAAACCGGCACAGGAUCUCGUCUCGCAUCUCCUUACCGUUGACCCAGUCAAGCGUUAUGACAUCAAGCAAUUUCUAGCGCACCCAUGGAUACGCGGUACCGAAGAGCCCACGUUCGCGGCUCAUGACGCACCGCCACUCGCUACACCAGCCGUAGAACGGGAGAGGCAGUUAGGAGCAGGGGGGCAUCUGAGAGCAUUUAAUCCGGAUCUUCUUGAAUCUCCUGGCUCGAAGCGUCAGGACUUCCGAAGUCCUGGUGCCGUCAAUCUGCGUGAGGUCUUCGACGUUGGCUAUGCUGUUCACCGCCAAGAAGAGGAGGGGAAGCGUAGAAAGAAUUUUAAGCAAGGCUACAAUGCGGGCUUAAAUCCGAUAAACGAUGACGAUUUCGAAGAAGAGGAUGAGGAGGCCGAAGGCAACCCAAGCAAGGUGCCUAAAUCAAGAGAUACAGACGUUCACCGAGUUGAGCAGACGUUAAGGAAUACAAACCUAAAUUCGAAGACUACAGCACCAGCACAGAAGGGUUAUGGCCAGCAUAGUCCUGCAGUCACGGCUGCAGCGAAACAACAAGUUCGACAACGAAAGGGUGCCUUUGAGCUCAAUCUCGAUGGUGCUACAUUACUCGGUCGUAGAGGAAAGGGAGUCGCACCAAGUGGAUUGAGGGAGUCGACUACUGUACAGUAG